AUGCCCGCUGUCGAGCCAGACGAUCCAAUGCCUGGUGACCCAGUGCCCGCUGUCAUACCUGUUGACUCGGUGCCCGCAGUCUUGCCAGUUGACUCGGAGCCCACUGUCGUGCCUGGUGACUCGGUGCCCGCCGCUCCGCCUGGGGGCCCGAGACCUGUCGCUCCGCCUGGGGGUCCGGCGCCCGCCGCUCCGCCUGGGGGUCCGGCGCCCGCCGCCGCUCCGCCUGGGGGCCUGAGACCUGUCUCUCCGCCUGGUGGUCCGGCGCCCGCCGCUCCGCCUGGGGGCCCGAGACCUGUCGCUCCACCUGGGGGUCCGGCGCCCCGCCGCUCCACCUGGGGGCCCGAUGCCUGUCGCCCCUCCUGGGGGCCCGAUGCCUGUCGCCCCGCCUGGGGGCCCGAUGCCUGUCGCCCCGCCUGGGGGCCCGAUGCCUGUCGCCCCUCCUGGGGGCCCGGCGCCCGCCGCUCCGCUUGGGGGCCCGAUGCCUGUCACCCCCCGCCGGGGGGGCCCGAUGCCUGUCGCCCCGCCUGGCGGCCC